AUGGCUGGGCCACCGGAAGAUCGACCUUGUUUUAAAAAUCUUAAGGACGUAUUUACUCAAUUACAAUUUAAGACAGAUGAAACUCAUAAAGUUUUACAAGACUUCUUGGACCAUACCGGGGUAUCCACUAAUAGUAUGAAUCGAUGGACGGACAAGAUAUUACAUAAAGAUACAGACCACGAAGGCAUCGUAGGUUACUUCUGUGGGCUACCAGUUAUAGACGGAAAUCAAUGUCCGGCUGAUGAUAUACCAUGGAAAGUUUUUGUAGGUAAAAGUGGCGAGGGACUAUCAUCUAAGUAUAUAAAAUUUAAUAGUGCCGCUGAGAUGGUCUCGUUCAUUACAGCAAAUUGUGAAAAAAGAGAUGACGUUAGUGAUGAGAAAAGACUGGAAACGGAUUGA